GCUCAAAGGGUGCUCAACUUUUUAAAUAGAGGGGUAUUAAGUGGGUUAAAUUUAGUCAAUGUUUUGGUAUAUAACUAAUUGCAUAAAUGUCCAAGCACACACUGAUAGGUGGUGGCACGGGCUACAUCGGCAAGAGCCUGUCCAAGCACCUGUCCCUCAAGGGAUAUGAUGUCACGCUCAUUUCCCGCAUGCCUGGGCCCAAGCGGAUCACCUGGCACGAGCUGGAGAAGAAUGGCAUACCGAACAGCGUGAACUCCGUGGUCAAUGUCACUGGCCAGAAUGUAUUGGAUCCGUCACGCCGAUGGACGCCCGGUUUCCAGCAGAACGUGUGGAACUCCCGCAUCAACUCGUCCAAGGCUUUGGCGAAUGCCCUGACCGCCGCCCCGCAAGUUACUUCUUUUGUGAACCUCUGCGGCGUGAGCCAUUACAAGCCAUCCGCCUCCAAGGUCUACACAGAGGACGACAAGGUCGAGAGCUACGACUACAUGUCCCGCCUGUGUGUGGCCUGGGAGGAGGCGGCCCACACUGGAGGCGAGCAGGACUGCAAGUGUGCAAUAGUGCGGACGGGAGCAGUGGUUGGACUUGGCGGCGGCAUGAUUGAGUCCAUAUGGCUGCCCUUCAAGCUGGGCGUUGGUGGUCCGCUAGGCACUGGCCAGCAGAUUAUGCCCUGGAUUCACAUGCUGGACCUGUGCAGCCUCAUACAGCACAUCAUAGAAAAGUGCGAGUCGGGCGUGUUCAAUGGCGUUGCUCCGGAGAUAGUCACUAGCACGGAGUUCUCCAAGGCCUUUGCCAAAGCCCUGAACCGACCCUGCAUCUUCAAUGUGCCCGAGUUUGUGGUCCAUGCGAUCUUUGGCAAGGAGCGGGCGGCGCUGCUGUUGAGCGGUGCCAAAAUCCAGCCCAAGAAGGCUCUGUCCUCUGGUUUCCAGUUCAAAUAUCCCACGGCCAAAGCUGCCUGUGCCCAGUUGGUGGAAAAGUGAAGAAGGAUGAACAGAGGAUUGCAUGGAGUUCCAUUGGCCUUAGAUGUACCCAACCCCCCUGUUCCUGUAUAUUAUAUAGAUUAGCAAGCGAAAAUUAAAACGAAUUUCUGCCAGCGCA